CGGAACGCUAAUCACGUGGUUCCUGGUCGCGGACGUUGUUGGUCGCGUGUGUUUUGAAAAGUUGAUAUGAAAGGAACUGGUGCGUUCGUCCUCACGUGUGCUUUCCACGCUGUCUUCAAGCCAGAGGUUUACUUUAUCUAUCCGCGUUCAGACAUUCCUUCCUGCAUCGCUGCUGCUCGUUAGAUCAGCCGACCGACUUUAGUUUGACCGAGCGCUGCGGUCCCCCUGGUCCUAUCUGAGCCUGAGGGUUUCUCAUCGAUCCCGGUUGGUUUUUACCGGGGUGCGCAUGCUGGCUGCAUAAGGGGCGUUUACGACAAGUAACUCCCGAACAGAACCGUAUCGGCCAUGGUGUUCUUCACCUGCAACGCGUGCGGCGAGUCCCUGAAAAAAGCCCAGGUCGAUAAACACGUGAUGAAGUGCCGCGGGUGCCAAGUUCUGUCCUGUAUCGACUGCGGAAAGGACUUCUGGGGCGAGGACUACAAAAACCACGUGAAGUGCAUCAGCGAGGAUCAGAAGUAUGGCGGAAAAGGUUACGAGGCCAAGGCAAAUAAGGGAGACGUGAAACAGCAGCAGUGGUUGCAGAGAAUCAAUGAGGCCAUGAGCAAACCUGGGGUCAGUGCCAAGCUGAGAGAUGUGCUCCACCAAGUCAGUGCUUAUGAAAACGUACCGAGGAAGAAGGCAAAGUUUCAGAACUGGAUGAGAAACAGUUUAAAAAUAGCAAACCCUGGGCUGCAGGAAGAAGUGUGGGACAUAAUUGCUGCUGCAGACAGUGCUCCUCCGACCGCACAGCCAACCAAAGAACCUGCAGUCCGCAUGGACACCAACGGGACCGAGAACCACGCAGACCAAUCAAAUACCGAUGCGAAGAAGAAGCUGAACAAACGCGAGCGAAAAGAGGCCCGUCAGCAAAAGAAUGGAAAAGCUUCCAAACGGGACGAAAAAAGAACCGCAGAAGAAGAACCAGAGAAAUGCAAAAAGAACAAGAAGGAUAGGAAGAGAAAACACGAAGAAGAUGAUCAGACAGAGGAUGGGGUUGACAAUGAGGAUGUCAAGAAAACAAAAUUUGAUGAAACGGCAGAUGAUCUCAUGUCAGAGGAAACCGAAGAUCAGGCUGUUCCUCAGGGCAAAUUCAACUGGAAGGGGAACAUCAAGGCGGUGCUGAGAGAGUCAUCAGACCAGGAGCUGUCCGUGAAGAAACUUAGAAAGAAGGUUUUGGCAGCCUACUACUCCUUCACCGGUGGCAGUAAUUUUAAAACCGAAGAGGAGGUGUUGGCACUUUUCAACAAGAAAAUCACCAAAAAUCCCAAGUUUAGAGUUUUAAAAGACAAAGUAAAACUUGUGCAGUAGCCUCCUCCUGUUGUUCACGUAUUGUUUUUUUUGGUUUAAAUGAACGUUAUUGUUGUUGUUCUCCCUGGUGGCUUUUUAUACAAACGAACAAUCUCGAGGAUUAAAUGGAUUUUACGCAAGUGA